ACUGUGAAUAAGAACAUUAUGGAAAUACUUUCCAAAUGUGUGAUAAUUGUUUACGAAAAAACAACAUUUGAAACUUUAAAUGAGACUAUCCAAUUAGAACUCAGAUGAAUCCUCUAUAAAAAUUGGAAUCCUUCACCUUAAAGUAGACUGAAAACUAAUACCAUUUGACUAUUUUCGUCAGCAUAAUGCUUUAAAUCAAUUUCUUCAACAAAUCAUUCCCCAAGAGAAAAUGAUGUCGAAGAGUGAUCCGCUUGAAUCAAAUCCAAUUCGGAUUCGGUUCAUAAAAGAAGUAUUUUCACCUCUUGAAUUAGGCAAUAAGAAAGCUGCAAAAGAUCUUGAAAGUUGUUGGGGAGUGUCUAAUGAUCAAAGAAAAAAAUUCGAAUUGAUUGCCCCAUUGAGUGGUAGUGAUAGUGAUUGGAAUAGUAAGGUUCAAAUCUUCAGUGUGAAGAACAGAAUCGGUGUUAAUAAUCGGUCGAAUCAUGUUCGUAGUGAAGUGAGAAUGAAAGGAUUGUCUAUAAAGGUUCCGAUGGAUGUUUUUAUUGGCAUGUUUUCGUCGGAAAAUGAGCUGAACGAUAAAAAGGUCGAGGCAGUUAGGAAAGGAUUGAAAGGAAAAUAUAUUGAUACAGUUGAAGGGACUUGUAUGAAUCGGUUGCUGUUUGCAGCGAAUUGGUCGGUGCUGGUUAACAGAUUUGUUGAGGCUAUACCGAGCUCAUUCAAGUCUGGGAAUAAACGGAUUCAGAAAAUGGACAAAAAUAAAGAGUGUCUAAGUUCGUGUACUCGUGACGUGGAAUCAAAGGCACUGUUUGAGUUUAAGCCUGGAGAGUCGAGGGCCCGGGUUAUCACGAGGAAUGAGGGUUUGGAACAUAAUCAUGAUCGAGAGAAUGUACUGUUUGAAUGCUUUAUAGGAUUUGCAUUUGAUCAGUUGACCCAAAAUCUUCAAAAGCUUGAUUAUUUAAAAGCAGUUGCAAGUAUUUGGGAUGGUCGAAAAGUUUAUGUAAAUGGAUUUUUGGGAAAUUUGAAGUUUGCUAAAGUGGGAGGUGUUCCGUCCGGUCUUGUUGGUGUUGGUACGGGCGGUAGGGAAGAAACUGGUGGUAAUUCAUCACAAAAACUGGCCGGUCUGAUACGUAACAUUCCUCUAUCAGAUGUGAAGCAUUUGAGAUUGACCUUAUCGAUGAUCUCGCCUACGGAUUUGACUGAGCUUCCACUGCUAUUGGGCCAGUCUUUGCUAGACCUUCCAGACAAGAAGAAGUUAUUCUCUGUCCAGGAGUUCUUCAGAUAUACCAAGUCUGAAGGGAGGAGGUUCUUUGAAGAACUGGAUAGAGAUGGCGAUGGCCAAGUAACUUUAGAAGAUCUUGAAGUUGCAAUGAAAAAAAGAAAAUUGCCAGUGAAAUAUUCUCAGGAAUUCAUGCGCCAGACCAGAAGAAAUCCAUUUUCAAAAUCCUUUGGCUGGAAGCAGUUUUUAUCCUUGAUGGAACGGAAGGAGCCAACCAUUCUUGAAGCUUAUACUUCUCUUUGUUUAAGCGAGUGUGGGACUCUCCAAAAGAGUGAAAUAUUGGCAUCACUUAAAAAUGUCGGGCUUCCAGCAACCGAAGACAAUGCUGUCGCCAUGAUGCGGUUUUUGAAUGCAGGCACUGAAGAAUCUGUUUCAUAUGGACACUUCCGCAAUUUUAUGCUUCUUUUGCCUCCUGACCGACUACGUCAAGAUGAUCCUCGGAAUAUCUGGUUUAAAGCUGCGUCUGUUGUUGCUGUUGCACCGCCUGCAGAAGUGCCAGCUAUAAGUGUUCUUAAAUCCGCAAUUGCUGGGGGUCUUUCAUGUGGAUUAUCUUCAGCUCUAAUGUAUCCAAUCGAUACUGUGAAGACUCAGUUGCAAGCAUCAACCACCCUGACAUUCCUGGAACUUAUGUCAAACAUUCCACAAGUCGGAUUACGGGGGCUUUAUAAGGGUUCCAUCCCUGCAAUUCUUGGACAGUUUUCAAGCAAUGGGUUGCGGACAGGAAUAUCUGAAGUAAGCAAGCUUGUAUUGAUCAAUGUGGCUCCGAACCUCCCUGACAUCCAGGUUAAAUCCAUGGCAUCAUUCCUCGGUACAGUUCUAGGAACAAUGGCACGUUUACCUAGUGAGGUACUGAAGCAGCGUUUGCAGGCUGAUCUUUAUGACAAUGUCGGAGAAGCUCUUAUCGGUACUUGGAAGCAGGAUGGCCCGCAGGCCUUUUUCCGUGGUGCUGGGGCCACACUUUGUCGUGAGUUGCCGUUCUAUGUUGCAGGGAUGGGCCUUUACACUGAAUCCAAAAAGUUUACCCAACAACUUAUAAGACGGGAACUGGAACCGUGGGAAGCAGUUGUUGUCGGAGCUAUUUCCGGAGGGUUAGUUUCUGUUAUUAGUACACCAUUCGAUGUCAUUAAAACUAGAAUGAUGACUGCAUCUGGGGGCCAAAACGUAUCGAUGUCAGCGGUAGCCAUUUCUAUACUCCGUCACGAAGGGCCCCUUGCCCUGUUCAAAGGACUCAUACCAAGGUUUUUUUGGAUUGCUCCCUUUGGCGCCAUGAACUUUGCCGGCUACGAGUUGUUGAGGAAGGCUAUGGACGGAAACAAAGACAUUGCAACGGAUCAAGUAUCCGGAAACAAAGAUAUUUCUAUGGAUCAAGUCUCCGAAAAAGAAAUCAGCUAAAAUAUGAACCAUUAUCUUCAAAUGGCCUCUGCUUUUGUUAAGGUUAAAUUCUGAUAUUAGUUGGUGUACUACGCCUAAGUUAUGCAUUUAAUACUCAUACUUUAAUUGGGUUAUUUUUUAGUUUGAACUUUUUAAUUUUUAAAAUUGUAGUUUUUACUAAAUUAUAAUCGUUAAAUUCAUUAAGUUUUAUUAUUUUUAAAA